CCUCCAUUCUUCACUAACAUCGAAAUCAGAGGUUAAAGAGACGGCGCCAAACAGCUGUCCGCCUUGACUGACCGUCCGGCAUCGUCUUGGCCCUCGAUUUUGCCCUUUUGUAAACCAUUUUUCACCAAUUCCCGAAAUGGCAGUGAAACCCUCCAAGGCCGAUAAGAAAAUCGCGUACGACGCGAAACUGUGCCAGCUCUUAGAUGAGUACACGCAGAUCUUGAUCGCCGCAGCCGACAAUGUUGGCUCGAAGCAGCUCCAGAACAUUCGGAAAGGUCUCCGAGGUGACUCAGUUGUUUUAAUGGGUAAGAACACUAUGAUGAAAAGGUCUGUUAGGAUGCAUGCUGAGAAGACUGGGAACGAAGCUUUCCUUAACCUUAUCCCUUUGCUUCAGGGAAAUGUGGGUUUGAUCUUUACUAAGGGUGAUUUGAAGGAAGUCAGUGAGGAAGUUGCUAAAUACAAGGUUGGAGCUCCUGCUCGUGUUGGUCUGGUUGCGCCUAUUGAUGUGGUCGUUCCACCUGGAAACACUGGUCUUGACCCAUCACAGACCUCUUUCUUCCAGGUGCUCAAUAUUCCCACCAAGAUUAACAAAGGUACUGUUGAAAUUAUCACUCCCGUUGAGCUUAUCAAGAAGGGUGAGAAGGUUGGUUCUUCCGAGGCUGCACUUCUUGCCAAGCUCGGAAUCAGACCAUUCUCAUACGGUCUUGUUGUCUUGUCUGUUUAUGACAAUGGGUCAGUCUUUAGCCCUGAGGUGCUUGACCUUACCGAGGAUGACCUGAUUGAGAAAUUCGCUACUGGUGUCUCCAUGGUUACGGCAUUGUCUCUCGCCAUCUCGUACCCAACCCUGGCUGCUGCACCACACAUGUUCAUCAAUGGCUACAAGAACAUAUUGGCCGUUGCUGUCGCAACUGAGUAUUCCUUCCCUCAGGCUGAUAAAGUGAAGGAGUACUUGGCGGAUCCAAGUAAGUUUGCUGUUGCCGCUGCCCCUGUUGCUGCUGCUGGUGGUGGUGCUGCUCCUGCUGCUGCCCCUGCCGAGGAGGAAAAGAAACCCGAACCUGAAGAAGAGUCUGAUGACGAUAUGGGAUUCAGUCUCUUCGACUAAGUUUAUUUGUGUUAAAGCAUAAACAUAUAGGAUUGUUGACAGGUUACAUUAUCUGCUUUAUUGUUUCUCAUAGUUCUCGUUGAUGUACUUUGAUUGCUCUAAGUUUUGGAUGAUUUAUGAAGUCUUAAUUUAGUCUUUUCGCCUGUUCUAUCUA